AAUUAGAUAUAAAAAAUAACAAAUAAUAGUAAAUUGUUCAAAUAAAAAAAAAAACAACAAUACAUACAUACUAUAGAUAAAUGUCCAAUUGAAUGAACAGAUGGCUAACGUUUAUAUACAUCCAAGCUGAUAGAAUAAAUUGAAACUCUCUCUAGUACUGAAAAAUAUAUUAUUACAAAAUAAAUAAUAUAAAUUAAAAUACUUUUAUUAUUUAAAGAUUUAGAGACAAUUUUGAAAAUCAAUCAUGUUUCAAAUAAGAACGGAAAUAUUAUUUUCAUCCAUUACAUUAUUAUCAUUAUAAAAAUUGAAAUAAUUUUCGGAAUUAUUUAUUAAUGAACAAAACAACCAAGAAAUAUUACCAAGAAAGAAAGUAAGAAACGCCAUUAGACAAAAUGGAGAAAAUGAGAGAACUGGGCUGGUAUUUAACAGAACAAGGCUUUAAUCUUGUAAGUGAAUGUGGUGCAGUAAAAGAUGUAUCAAAACUUAUAAAAAAAGCAAUUGAUUUUGAUUUGAAGGAAAUUGGGAGUGGUGAAGGGACAAUUAAUGAAGGAACUUUGAUUGUUCAGAUUCAAAAAAUUCGUAACGUUGCUGCUCCAAAAAAUUAUGAUGAUUCACGAGGAGGUGGUUCAGUACCCCGAAUGCUUAAAUUAUAUCUAACUGAUGGGAAAAAUAAUUAUCAAGGUUUAGAAAUUGAGCAUAUUAUGUCAAUUAAUAUUAACACUCCACCGGGGACAAAAUUUUUGUUGAAUGCGACAAAUAUUAUUAUGACACAUGGAAUGGUUUUAUUAAAGCCUGAAAAUAUUGCAUGUGUAUUGGGAGGAAAAGUAUCGAGUUUAAUUGAAAAAUGGGAAUUAAAUAAAAAACUCGCAUUACACACUCGGGCUCGAUCGUCGGAAGAAGGAGAGGGACCACCACCGUGGAUUCCUUUUGGGAAAAAAAUUAUUAAAGUUGCGAUUGAAAAAGAUAAAUCGUUAAAAACAAAGGAAAAUCAUCAAAAUAAAGAUAGUGAUUUUGAAGUUCAACGUCAGGAUGCUAUUGCUGAAGCAGCUCGUCAGGGUAAUAAAAAAGUUUUUGGUGGAGGAACUAAACAACUGUUGGAUCAUAGUGUUCAAAAAAUUGUUGAUUUAGGAUUUUCUGUUGAACAAGCAGAAUAUGCAUUGAAAAUAAAUCGUAAUAAUGUUGACAGAGCUUUAAAAUUAUUACAAAAAAAUGACAAUAAGCACAAUAAUUCCAAUAGAGAAUCCAAUCGAGAAAAUCGUGGAAAACGUUCUGAUAAAAAAUUGGAAGAAACAAAACCAAGUAGUGGAAAAAUAUCUCUAUUCGAUUUUCUUGAGGAUAAAUUACCAACUCAAAAUGCCGCUACUAGUAAAUCCUAUUCUACACUACAAAAUGUUAAUACAAAUAAUGAAAAUAGUAAUACUAAUAGUACCCAUGAUACGAUUUAUAAUAAUUUACAAACGGAUCGAAAUAGUUCAAAUGAGCAAUACCAUCAACCCAAAAAACCACCAUCUAAUAAAGGAAAUAACAGUGAAAAAAAAGUUCAUAAAACUGGACGUUUUCAACAAACAACGAUUGUGACACCUUCUUCUUUUUAUCAAUCCAAUGAUGAUGUUGAUGAUAAAUUACCAAAACAAACGAAUAAUAGGAAUCAUAAUUAUAAUACAGUUCACAACACAAACGUUUCAAGUGAUAAUAAUUCUCGUCAACCUAAACCACCAAGAUUUCAAAAGCAUCAAGAAUAUCAGUAUCAACAAGGUGAUAAUAAUUCCAAAAAAUUUUAUGAUCGUACAUUAAUACAAUUAAAUUCCGAUUGCAUUACCAAUAAAGUACCUUCAAAAAAUGAAAAACCUUAUAAUAAUCAAUCUCGUGAUCAAUUCACACCCAACACAAUUAAUAAAGUAAGUUUAUUUAAUAAAUAUAGUCAAUCUUUGCCAGGAGUGGAAGAAAAAAGGUUCGCAACUGGUGACGAUAAUUCAUUUUUUAAACCAAUUCAAAUGAAUGAAUCAUCUAAUUAUCAAAAAUUUUACUUCAAUAAUCCAACAAAUAAUGAUACUAAAAAAAAUGGUGAAGAAUGGAUUUGGAAAAAAGGAGAUAUAUGUAUGGCUAAAUAUUGGGAGGAUAAUAAAUAUUAUCAUGCGCAAGUUACUGCUGUGUCUGCUCGUACGUGUGUAGUACAAUUUAAAGAUUUUAAUAAUUAUGAAGAAGUACUUCAAAUUGAUUGUAUACCAUUAAUGACAGAUGAUGCCACUCGAAAUUUUAUGACAUCAUCUCAUGAUAAUCAUCAACUAUUACCAGGAAAACGAAAUCGUCCACCACGAUAUCACAAUAAAAAUUCAACUAGUAAUAGUAUAGAAUAUCGACGUAGUAAUGAUAGUGAUAAUUUUAAAUAUCCAAAUGAUACUACUAUAAAUGCUAAAACAAAUAAUUCUGAAAGAGGACAACAACAUCAGAAAAAACGUAUUCAGCAACGAAUAACUCAAGCUAUUUAUCAACCACCUGCCCAGAGAAGAUAAUGAUAAAGAUUUGACUACAAUAAUGGCGUAGUAAUUAAUGAACUUUAAACAGGAAAUUUUUUAAUUAUUAAAGUGGUUCUUUAUAAAUAAAUAACAAACCUGCCGUGUUAAUAAAAAUAAUACUCUCAUCAUUAAUUAAUUAGAUUUGAUGAUGAUUAAUCAAAUUAUUGAAAUUAUAUUAUUUUAUAUUAAUUUAUUUGUUUAUAAAAUGAUUAAAUACUCAUGUGAAAAAAAGAGGUUGUCAAUAUAAACUAGUCUUACAUAUGCAAAUUUACAAAUUUGUAGAAAUGUGGAUUCAUUUAAAACUAUAAAUAAACCG